CAUAGCGACAUUGGUCAAAAGCAGAACGAUCGGGCGAGCAAAGUGACAAACAUGUGGUGGAUGCGAAAACUGGCCAAAAAUGUGGGACUGGCUCGCCUCAAGCACACCACUAGCAGUGGCAACAGCACUGAUCAAAGUUUGGCCAUCAUUGGCGUACCCUUUGCCAAGGGUCAGUCGAAGCAGGGCGUGGAACUGGCACCCGAUUUGUUGCGCCAGCGAAAUCUUACACAAGUCCUCCAAAGUGUGGAUGAUCGGCUGGUAAUCAACGACUAUGGUAAUCUGAAGUAUUCCGUCGAUGAGCGGCUUCUAAAGCAGCAGCGCGAGCACUAUAGCCACAUAAGAAACUAUGCGGACUUCAUGGCCUGCAACCGGGCCCUGAUCGGGCAGGUGCAGAAGAUGUUGGAGCAGAACUCGCAGUUUCUGACCAUUGGUGGAGACCAUGCCAUUGGCUUUGGUUCGGUGGCCGGACAUUUGCAGCAUACGCCGAAUUUGUCGCUCGUCUGGAUCGAUGCACACGCGGACAUCAAUCUGCACAACACCUCCCAGUCCGGCAAUAUACACGGCAUGCCCGUAUCCUUUCUGCUGGAGCAGUUGCGGGGCACUUGGCAACAUGCUGGGCUCGACGAGAUCGCGCCGAACUGUUUGCCGAAGGAUCAGUUGGUUUACAUUGGGCUGCGGGACGUUGACCCCUACGAGGCGUUCAUAAUGAACAAAAUUGGUAUACGCGCCUAUGCCAUGGAUUCGAUUGAUCGAGUUGGUGUGCCGAAGAUUAUUGAGAUGACGCUGGACGCACUAAAUCCACAAAACAAGAUCCAUGUGAGCUUCGACAUUGAUGCACUGGACAGCCAUGUGGCACCCAGCACGGGAACUGCAGUCCGUGGGGGUCUCACAUUGCGUGAGGGCAUCAGCAUUGUGGAGGCACUGCGUGACACGAAACGGGUGCAAGGUGUCGAUCUGGUCGAAAUAAAUCCGAAGCUGGGCAGCGAGCACGAUGUGCGCACCACCGUAGAUUCGGGCCUGGAGAUACUGAAAAGCAUGUUUGGCUAUCGACGCUCCGGGGCUUGGAGCAACAUCGACACUGGCAUAUUGGGAUAGUUUAAGGGGGCGAAGGUCGGGGCGUGUUCACUUAAAUCGCACAUCGCUUGGCAUAUAUUUAUGUACAACUUUAUGCUUAAUAUUAAAUUAGAUUACAUACAUACGUACAAUAAUAAAAAUGAAAUCAAAUGAGAGAAACCAA